GAGGUUGAAGCUGCCUCCGCCAUUUUGGAGAUGGGAGACGGGCGAUGGCUGUGGUCCUUCUGCUAAUGCAAACAACAAAACGAGCACAUGAGUCACUCCGAAUGAGGCUCUCAUCACUCUAACUGCUGACCAAAACUACAGAAGCAGCGAGAGUGUCAAAGCCGAGCACGGCGACAUCGAUAGCAGCCUCAACUGCCUGCUGGGGCGGCAGAAGUUAAGUAACUGAGGACCGGAAGGAUGGUGCAGUCCUGUUCCGCCUACGGCUGCAAGAACCGAUACGACAAGGAUAAGCCCGUUUCUUUCCACAAGUUUCCUCUUACUCGACCCAGUCUUUGUAAAAAAUGGGAGGCAGCCGUCAGAAGGAAAAACUUUAAGCCCACCAAGUACAGCAGCAUUUGCUCAGAACACUUUACUCCGGACUGCUUUAAGAGGGAGUGCAACAACAAGUUACUGAAAGAGGAUGCUGUCCCCACAAUAUUUCUUUGUACUGAACCACAUGACAAGAAGGAAGAUCUUCCAGAGCCCCAAGAACAGCUUCCCCGACCUCCUUCAACACCCCCCGUUUCCCAGGUUGAUGCUGCUAUCGGGUUACUCAUGCCUCCUCUUCAGACCCCUGAUAACCUCUCCGUUUUCUGUGACCACAACUACACUGUGGAGGACACCAUGCACCAGAGGAAGAGGAUUCACCAGCUCGAACAGCAAGUAGAGAAGCUCAGAAAGAAGCUCAAGACCGCACAGCAGCGGUGCAGAAGACAGGAGCGGCAGCUGGAGAAGCUAAAGGAGGUCGUGCACUUCCAGAAGGAGAAAGACGACGUCUCCGAGAGGGGUUAUGUGAUUCUACCAAAUGACUAUUUUGAAAUAGUUGAAGUCCCAGCAUGAAGAGUGAAAUUUGUGUUGGUGCUCAGUGGGGCAAUGCCACCUACCCUCUUCUAGCCCGUAGAGGAGUUUCAUUUGAAAAAAAUUACGCUUGGUCACUUGUAUAAAAACAAUUCAGAAUAUUUUUUUAAAAGAAUAAAUUAGAUAUAUACUGUAAAAUUGUAAAUGUUUUGUUUGUAAUUUCAGGGUUUUUACAUUUUAACAAAAUAUUUUAAAAGUUAUAAACUAGCUUCAUUGUAAGUUGGUUUCAAGAUUGGGGAUUUGUGUUUCUUAAUUUGAGUAUUUAUAGAAAUGAUAUGAAAAUAAAAAGUAAAGAGAA